AUGUUAAGUGUGAAGCAUCUUCUUCUCCAUGUUCGUCCGAAGCCAAAUCGAAAUCUGAGGAGCUUCCUUUUUCACUCGUCCAGGAGAAGCCAGACCGUACCGUCGGCGUUGGACCCCUAUGACACUCUGCAGCGACGGGUCGCGAGGGCCGGCGAUCCCUCGGCUUCGAUAAUCGGAGUGUUGGAAGGAUGGCUCGACCAGGGGAAUCUCGUCAAGACUUCGGAGCUCCACUCUAUCGUCAAGAUGCUCCGCAAGUUCAGCCGUUUCUCCCACGCCCUCCAGAUAUCAGAUUGGAUGAGUGAGCAUAGAGUUAAUGAUAUCUCUGAGGGAGAUGUGGCGAUUCGUCUUGAUUUGAUUGCCAAAGUUGAUGGUCUGACUGAAGCUGACAAGUUUUUCGAUUCGAUUCCCAUGGAGAGGAGGAGCUUCCAUCUCUACGGGGCUCUUUUGAACUGCUACGCGAGCAAGAAGGUGCUGCACAAAGCCGAGCAAGUGUUCACGGAGAUGAAGCAGCUCGGAUUCCUCAGAGGUUGUCUUCCCUACAAUGUGAUGCUCAAUCUCUACAUCAGGAGCGGGAGCUACACCAUGGUUGAGAAGCUUCUGCGUGAGAUGGAGGAUGAGAAUGUGAAGCCCGACAUCUUCACUGUCAACACUCGCCUCCAUGCCUACUCGGUUAUCUCUGAUGUGGAGGGGAUGGAGAAGUUUCUCACAACUUGUGAGGCCGACCAGGGACUUGAGCUCGACUGGCGCACUUACGCCGAUGCAGCUAACGCCUACAUCAAAGCUGGUUCAACUGAAAAGGCGUUAGAGAUGCUGCGUAGGUCAGAGCACUUGCUGACUCCUCACAAGAGAAAGCAAGCCUACGAGGUUCUCAUCUCCUUGUACGGCGCUGCUGGCAAGAAACAAGACGUGUACCGUCUCUGGAGCUUGUACAAGGAGCUUGACGGCUUCUACAACACGGGGUACAUGAGCGUGAUCAGUGCGCUCUUGAAGCUGGAGGAUAUCGAGGGUGUUGAGAAGAUUAUGGGAGAGUGGGAAGCUGGACACUCGCUGUUCGAUGCCCGGAUCCCGCACUUGUUAAUAACGGGUUACUGCAAGAAGGGGAUGAUGGAGAAAGCGGAGCAAGUAGCAAAGAUGGUGGUGGAGGAGACGAGCACGUGGGAGAGGUUAGCUCUCGGUUACAAGAUGGCCGGUGAGAUGGACAAGGCGGUUGAGAGAUGGAACAAGGCGAUAGAGGUGAGCCAGCCUGGUUGGAGACCACACCAGGUUGUGCUGUUGAGCUGUGUGGAUUACGUAGAAGGUCAAAGAGACAUGGCAGGUUUGAGAAACAUAUUGAGACUGCUAAGCGAGCGAGGACACAUUUCAUACGAUCAACUACUUUACGAUAUGAAGGGAGCUGGUCUCGGUUGGAAGAUUGUCGAUGCAAUGGGAAUAAGUAGGUUUACAUUGACGAAAUAA